CUGAAAAUUAAAUUUUAAAAAAUGGCUGAUGAUGGAGACUAUAAUCCUGAUGAAGGUGAAGGGGACGAUUAUAUGGAUGAUGAUCAAAUAGAUGAUGUGGAUCUGGACCAGCAAGAGCAGGCUGGGGAAGAUGGUGAAGGCGGGGAGCGAAUACAAGUUGUUGAUUCUUCCGAGAAGGUUGCCUCAACUUCGCGUGUCACGACUCCUUUCAUGACCAAAUAUGAGCGAGCUAGAGUUCUUGGCACUAGAGCACUUCAAAUUGCAAUGGGAGCACCUGUAAUGGUUGAAACUGAAGGAGAGACAGAUCCAUUAGAAAUUGCGCGGAAAGAACUCAAGGAUCAAAAAAUUCCAAUAAUUAUACGUCGCUAUUUGCCAGAUGGUUCUUUUGAAGAUUGGGGAAUUGAUGAAUUGACAAUUACGGAUUGGUGA